UUUGUGAGGCGGGGUCCUCAAGUCACAGCAUUCCCAACUCGUUUGGUGAGCUGUCCUGAAGUUUACAGAAGCGCAGCUUUCAUCGGUUGUUGAUAAAGUUGUGGAAGUGUAGUAGCAUGCGGUGGAGUAUGCAGGUGUUGAGAGUGUGUGUGGCGUGUUUGUCGUUGAGUGUGUCUGCGAUCAGCGCUUUCUCUCAGUCUCUGGACGGUGACUUCACCUUCGCUCUGCCCGCCGCACGCAAAGAGUGCUUCUUCCAGACUAUGAAGAAAGACGCUUCGCUGGAGAUCGAGUACCAGGUUCUGGAUGGAGCGAGUCUAGAUGUGGACUUCUACUUACAGUCGCCCAGCGGUCACGUUAUAGCCUCUGACUACAGAAAAUCUGAUGGAGUUCAUGCAGUGGAAACAGAAAAGGGAGACUACAUGUUCUGUUUUGAUAAUACAUUCAGUGCGGUUUCUGAGAAAGUCAUCUUCUUUGAGUUGAUUUUGGACAAUAUGGGGGACGGCGAGGAAUCGGAGGACUGGAAAGCAUACGUGCAGGGAACAGACCUUCUGGACAUGAAGCUGGAGGAUAUCAUGGACACCAUCAACAGUGUGAAAUCUCGACUGGGAAAGAGUCUUCAGAUCCAGGCAUUGCUGAGAGCCUUCGAAGCCCGCGACCGCAACCUGCAAGAGAGCAACUACGAACGUGUCAACCUGUGGUCGUGUACCAACCUUGUUGUCAUGGUGAUCGUGUCCGGGGUCCAGGUGUACUUGCUGCGCAGCUUCUUCGACAACAAGAGGAAAACUUGCACAUAGCCUCCCCUACUGCUACUUGACUGAAAAACACAAACACACACACCUCUGUCUGUCUCUCUGUCCUUUACUAUUCAGCUCCAUCCUUGGGUUCCUCCCAUCAAAGUGUCCUUGGGCUGAUAAUAGCUGGAGUCACUCCUCCUCCAGACUUUUUUUUUUUAAUCUCUCUUGACGCCUUGUGAUGAAGACAAUCAUUUUCUACUUGACUAAGCCGAUAAAAUGAGAGAUUGAAGUUGAUCUCUAAGCUGCUGCUAUGUGGCCGAUCUAACCAGGAACAUGUUGUUUUUAGUUUUAAACCAGAUGACUACUAGUUUUGCGUUUUUUGUAUGACGUGUAGUUACUGAAGUCUUCCAGGCACUGAUAAGAAUACACUGAUAUGCAGAACGUUUCAUAUUUUUGUAACAAACUAGCUAAGUAUUUUGAAGGGACACCAUUGUAAAAUGUUUAUGAGCCGUAUUAAUGUCUGAUUAAAAUAUUGAAUGCUUUUUCAUACGUUAACCACACCCAUGCCCAUUUUCUGUUUGCUUUACCCAUCUGUUACUGAUCAUUUUAUGAAGAGAUGCACCCAA